AUGGAAGUGUCUAUGACGAACCUGCUGGCGGCGCUGUGGUUGAAGUCGUUGCUGAACUGGGUGGUGUUGGCGGUGCAGAAGGGUCAUGUGACCUGGAGUUUGGUGGGUGUGUUCUGUGUGGGCGUGUUGCUGGCGGACACAUUUCUGCACUUGACCCUCACUUUGUUGUUCCUGGUGCAGGACGUUUAUUUGGCGGAGCUUCACCUCACUCGGUACCACGUGUGCCUCCUGACACAGGCGGCGUGCUCUGUUUACGACAUCCUGCAGUGGCCAGUCUUCAUCCUGGCUGGACUGGACUCCUACUGGAGUGGGCGCUGGAGCCGUCGGGUGCAGAAACGGGUGUACGUUGUUACGGUUCUUUUAAUGUUGAUGCUGGCGGUGAUUUACGUGUUUCAGGCACCUGAUCCAGAUCCAGAGGAUGGUGAUUAUGUGACUGAGCAGAAAUGCCAUGUUACUGGUGGCUCUCAGAGCCUGCAGGUUUUCUGGCUGGUGAUGCUGAUUGUGGUGGGCAUGAUCUGCUUCAGACUCUUGCCCACAGUGGAAAUGAAGCGGGCGGCGCUUCUGAAGGAGAGCGUUUCUACAUUCCUGUCCACCUGGAGAACAUUCCUGCUCUUGCUUCUGUUUAUCCUAGUGUCCAGAACCCCAGUUCCUCCGUACCUGGUCAUGAACGCGGUGUGGCUGGGGUUUGUUCACAGUCUGCACACUGCAGUCACUCUCACCAACUGCAACUGCAUCUUUCAUAAAAGGACUGAGCUUCAACACCUCGCAGUUCCUCACGAUAGUUCCAGUUCUGUAAAGGGUUCCUGUUUAAUAACAGACCUAAUACAGACUGGAAGUGUAUGA